AUGCUGUCAAACUGAUGUCAUUCGUGAAUAAGAUGUUUAACAGAAUCAAUUUAAAAGGCUACGAAGCUUUUAAGAGCUCCGUAGAAAAACUUACCGGCAAAAAUGAAGUAAAUGUAUAUUUUACUGGUAGUAAAAAUGAUACAGGUGUUUCCUGGUGUCCAGACUGUGUUUCAGCUGAGCCUCAUGUAUUGGAUGCGGUAGAAAAAUUUGCUAAAAAAGAAUCUAUUUUCAUGUACGUUGAUGUUGGAGAUAGAACUUUUUGGAAAGACAUGAAAAAUCCAUUCCGAACUGAUAAAGACGUGCUCAUCCAAGUUAUUCCAACAUUGAUUCGAUGGAAGGCUCAUCAACGUCUGGAGGGACCCCAAUGUGAAAAUAAAGAUCUUUUGGAAAUGUUUUUUACUGAAGCUGAUGAUUAAUUGAUUUAAAUAAUGUUAAAUUAAUAUCAAUAAUAUGUUUAUGCAUUUUAUCUA